UACGAAAACUAACUGCACACGUAUACCGAAUGUAUUCUGUAAAAUCGUACUCUCAUCCUCAACUAAUCAAAUUUGUAAAUAGAAAUGGUUACAUUUUCGCCUGUGACUGCGCCAUACACUCACAGACUAUAUUACAUUAGGGUAUAAUCAUUUAUUGGUCUAUGUAAACCGUGUUUUUUAAACCGGAUGUUGUGUUGUCCAUGCUUUGUACAAAAACAUACUCGUGCUGAGAAAUGAAGAAGAGGUUUAAUAUCAAUUUGGACGACUCUGCCUUCACCAAAGAGAGAACACCGCCAAAGCAUCACUUUCAGCCAUCAUCAAAUGUAGGCCAGAGCAGCACAAGUGGUUCCUCUGCAAAGGCGGACAAGCAUUUGUCGUAUGCACAGUAUAUCAUCAAGGGUAAAGGUCAUGGCUUCUCUGAAGGUGUUGGCGUCCUCACUAGUGCCAAACCCAGGCAAAAAGAACCUGAUUUAGUGCCCUCUGCAGAAGGAAGGGAUGAAACUAGUGAGAACAACAGUGGCGGUGACGAGGUCAAGAAGAGCGAGGAGGAAGAAAAUCACAAGGAAGGAAAUCUUGGUACUAGCCUUGGUCCGAAACCAGCCGGGUCCGGGAGCAGCAUUAUUGUCAGUCCGCGACAGAGGGGAAAUCCUAUUUUGAAGUUUGUGAGGAGUGUCCCAUGGGAGUUUGGAGAAGUUGUACCAGAUUACGUCCUGGGCCAGACGACAUGUGCUCUCUUUCUCAGUCUGAGGUAUCACAAUCUGAAUCCAAAUUAUAUUCACGACCGACUCAAGCAGCUCGGACACAGUUUCACCCUCCGAGUUUUACUAGUUCAAGUGGAUGUGAAAGACCCUCACCAUGCACUGAAGGAGCUGGCUCGCAUUUGUAUCAUGGCAGACUGCACUCUUAUUUUGGCGUGGAGCCCAGAGGAGGCAGGACGCUACCUGGAAACGUACAAGUCCUACGAGAAGAAACCAGCAGACCUUUUGAAGGAGCAAGUUGAAAAAGACUAUUUGUCAAAGGUGACAGACUGCCUGACCACUGUGAAGUCCAUAAACAAGACGGAUGCUAUUACGCUGCUGUCAACCUUCUCAUCUUUGGAAGGAAUCAUCAGUGCCUCUAAAGAAGACCUGCUUCUCUGUCCGGGCCUUGGGCCACAAAAAGCAAGACGGCUCUACGAUGUGCUUCACAAACCAUUCCUAAAAUCCAAGACGAAGUGUGAUAGUUGAGAAUGUGGUAUCACAGGAUCACUGAUGUGUUUUUAACUGCAGCCAAAUAGACUCGGACAUUAUUGCUGUCAACAUAUA